AUGACGAACAACUCCUUCUCCCGACUGCCCAACGAGCUCAUCUGCUGCAUCGUCAAAUGCGCAAGCCAGAAUGCCUUUCAGAGCAAGAGGGAUCUUCUCAACCUGUGCCUCCUCAACUGGCAGAUGUACCCUUUCGCCCAGCUCGAGUUGUACCGCAAGAUCGAGAUCCACAACAUGAAGGCCUACGACCUCCUUACCCGAAGCUUCAUCGAGAAUCCGAACCUGCGCAACUGCGUGAGGGAGGCGCACAUCUCUGUCGCCGGCGGCCGUUUCGAUCGUUGGGCUCAGAACGUUUCAUCCUGGACAAAUGAACAGCUCAACAUGACCAACCUGUGCAACACCGACCGCAGCCUCGUCAUUCUUUGCAAAACCCUGUGCAGCAUCGGAUCCCCUAAGGAAAACUCGCGCAGCGUUCUUGCCCUGCUUCUCGUCUUUCUUGACCGGGCUGAAGAGGUUAGGCUGGAGGUCAACUCCUAUUGUCGUCCGUCAACUCGCGUCGUUAUCGCAUACCUGGAUUUGCUAUCGUCGUCCUUGCCGUCGUCGCCGUCGUCGCCGUCGUCGCCGUCGUCCUUGGCCGUCGCCCCUCGCAGAGCUCUGUUUCCAUCUCUGAAAAGUUUCGCUCUCACCGGCUUUAGCCUCCCGACCUAUGCGGAGACCGUCUUUGGCCAACCGAUCAGCGUCCUCACCCCUCUUCUGUCCGCUACCAAUCUUACCGACUUGCGUCUUAUAGGCGAUACUCCCAUGUGGGAUGCGCUUGGAGACCCUGACAUUCCCAACGUUCAGCUUCCUCUGAAGACAUUGACACUGGAUUCGAGCAGUGCUGACGGAACCGGCCUCUGCCACCUGCUCAGGCGUUGCCCGAAUCUCAGACGACUGAAAGCCUCCAUCAAGAGCCCUCGCCGGAAUGGGAGAUCAGACAUCAACGCAGUCCUUCCAGAAUCAUGUCCACAGCUGAAGGAACUGUCCCUGAACACUCAAGGAUACAACCGCUUCUUUGGAAACACAUGGGUCCUAAACUCAAGCUCAACUCAACACCUUACUUGCCUGCCUCGGAUGCAUAAUCUCAAAGAGCUCCGUAUCACUCUCGAUUGCUUCUUUGACACUCCAGCCAACAUUGAAUUUUUGGGAUCGAGCUUCCCAGACUUGCUGGCUCCUCGACUGGAGAAGAUUUUUAUCGACGCGACGUGGUCCUUGCUCGGGGUCCACGGCCGGAUCACAGCUAGCCACCCCCAAGUCAUGGCCUACAAGAAAGGGAUCGAGAAGAUGAUUACCGCUCUUUGCACUGCGUCCAAGAACCAGCUACCUUGUCUCAAGGUCAUCGCUCUGGGUGCCAAAUACGGAAAGCCCAGGCAGUGGACAAAGGAUGCGCGCAAGCUACUGGCUGGAACGAAUGUCAAGCUCAAGCUGGUGACUGGGAAUCAUACAGGGCAACUUUGGCAUCAGACUUGGAAACAGAUGUUGGAAGUAUGA